CCUCUCAUCCGUUUCCACACAUAAUAUCUCCAACCGUUGCGCGUGCUCUUUUCAUUCAUGGGAUCAUGCGAUUUCCUUUGCUCUCUCUCUCUCUCUCCUAGAGAAUGAGAAUUUCGCCGAGAGAAGAGGAGCGGAAGAGGAGGAGGAAGAAGAAAGCGUCCUCCUUUCUUGAGCUUCAAUGGUUCCUGAGUGUUUCAGAGGAGAAAUCUAUGGAGGAGAGGCUCUGACUUGAACAGAAGGAAUAAGGGCACUUUUUGAACUUCAGUACGUCAAAUUUGAGGAAGAGAUGAAGGAACAAGGUGACUUGAACAUGAACUUAGUGCUGGGGCGCAGCGAUUCACAUAGAGAGUAUAUGAAGCAUACAAUUAUCAACCAGGAGCUCAUCUUCAGGAAUCAGAUCCUUGAGCUCCAUCGAUUAUACAAGAUGCAGAAGAUGCUAAUGCAAGAGCUCAGCUGGAAAGAGCCCCGGAAAUGCAAUGUUUGGAAAGCCAGCACUCAGUCAAAUCUAACACAACUUACAAGUAUAACAAGAAACCCACUGCCUAAGGACGUCAUUUUUCAUGAAACUCCAAAGGCUAUAGAGGAAUGCACCUCCUCCUGCAACAAGCUUCAACGGAGGCACCUUGAUCUCGAGGAGAGGAUGAUAAACUGCCAGCUUCCUGCUAUUGAGUAUUCCAAUAGCAGUGAUGCGCACUGUUUUGAAAAGCAAAUUUUAAGAGAUUAUUUAAAAGAAUCAGAAAACGGUCGUCGUUCCCGUGGCGAUGAUUUUGCCGAUCUCAAUAAUUUGAAGCUUUCCUUGACCAAUGGAGAGUGCAGUGAGAAGAUGGGAGGCAUUUUGACUAUAUCGGAUGCUAAGAGGAGCUACGCCGGUUCCCAUGGCAUUGCAAAUCCUCAAUGUCCAAUUAGAAGGAUGUUCGAUGAAAAUGAUAGACUCACGUUGUUGCCACAUGAAAAUGAUACCAACUUAUCUCUUUUAUCUAGUCAAAGCAUCUCGAAGAGUGCAAAGUGCGAUCCAUCUGAUGGGAUCACACACUCUAAAAGCCAACCCAGGUUCAACUUUCUGGAUGAAGCUGGGAAAGCGUACGUUGCAAAAGUUCCAAACAAUCUCCAGCCCAGGAAGCCUCCUGUUGUCGAUCUUAAUACAGUUAUUGUUGACAGCUCACCUUGUUGCUCAGAUGAUGUUACCACUGUCACCAAUCACUCGACGUCCUUAGCCGGGAAGGUUCGUCCAGACGGUUGUUGUAUUUUUGGUUAUAUCAUGAAAGAUGACAUCAGCAGCUCAGAUGAAAGGCAUAACAUGCUUCAAGGAGAAAGACUCUUGAAUAUUGCCGUGCUGAACUCCGAGGGCAAAACCAAUAGUGGACUCACAGAAAAGAAUCACCGUGAUGAUGCCAUUAGAGUUGCUGAGAUUAGCUCCAUGGAUCUUGAGGCUUCAUCCAGGAGGCUACCGGGCUUUUUUGAAUGUCUUGGCACUAACAAUGGUAAGAUUAAUAAUGAAUAUGUCGAGCUUACAUCAGAAUCUUCAAAUAGUCUUGUCCUGGAGCAGCAGGAGGGUAAUGCACGAGCAAAAGAUUCUGAGGAUGAUGAAAAAGACGCUCUGCUUUCUUCACCUGGGAAGAGCUGUCAAGACACAAGUCAAGAUGGACACCAGCAGAUGCAAUGUGGGAUCAGAAGUAUGGAUAGUGAUUCAAGUAGCAUAAAGACAGCACAAUCUGGACACGGAGUUGGAAAAUCUAGCUCUUUGAUGUCAGAAGAAAAAUCAACAGCACGUCAAGCUGUGGAAACCUCAUCGAACAAGCAGGAAACAGCACAAAGAAUAAGCAUUGGACCCGAGAACAGUUGCCCGGGAAGGAAAGAUUCACCUGAAGGUGAUGAAUUGAUCCAAGAAGCAGCCGAAUCACUCAUCCGAAUUUCACUUACCGAUCCGGCUUGGUUUGAAGAUUGUUCUAGGCAAGUGGGAUCUAACGAAGCAGAAAAGGAUGGUGAUAAUCCUACGAAACCCCUGUCUUCUUCUGAUUCCUACGAGUUGAACGUGCUCAUGCUAGAGGAAAGCAAUACAGAGGAUUAUUCAGUUACCUCAAAGGCAUUCGACAUAGCAGAAGUGUCGGAUAAGGAUUUCAGCAUUAGGCUGAGAAGGGGUAGGAGAUUGAAAGACUUUCAGAAGGAGAUAUUGCCUGGGUUAGCGUCUCUUUCCAGGCACGAGAUUCUCGAAGAUGUCAACAUUCUAGAGGGAGUCAUUAGAUCGAGGGAAUACCGGAAGUUAAGAGCCAAGAUGGCUGAUGGGGAGAUGUUGUGUGCUCCCUUGAGAAGCAGACGGUCAAGAUCCUAUCACGCAGGACGAAGAAGAUAUUGUUGACUAAUAUUGCUUCUUAGAUGUUAUUUGCAUUCCUAUGACCGCAAGUGAUGUGCCUUUGCACUACCAAUUAUUGUUUUAGAAGCUUUUUUAUGCAAAGAAUGUUAUUCUGGUCUUGUCGGGGAUUUAUGAGUACUGUAAACGUUUGAUUUUUUAGUGUUACUUUGAACCUGUCUAGGUUCUUCAUUGCGGUAGGACAGUUGUGUCGUAAGUUAUAAAACAGUCAGGUUUAUGCACUUUGUUGUGAAAAAUCUCAUCAGUGUUCAGAGAUGAUCUUUGUAAAAGUCAUCUUUGCUAAUGAUUGUCACAAUUCAGAUUAGGAAAA